CCUACAUGACCACCACCAGAUCAACCAUUCCCUCAAGACACCCCUGUCAAGAGCUCAGCUGCACUGAGAUUGAACGGUGUGAAGAGAAACAUGGUGUUUAUGGCUGUUCCUGCAUGGAAAACAAUCACAGAUCUCAGCAUGACUCCUUUGAUUUCACUGAAACUUGUGAAAGCAGCUCUGGCUCCAUGUCUCUGUCUCGCUGUCAGCUUUUUGAGGCUGGUUUUCCUUCCGACAUCUUACACCUCAAUGACCCCAGCUGCAGAGGAACAGUCCAGAAUGGCAGAGUGGAGUUCUAUUUUGACAACAAUGACCACAUCUGUGGCACAAAUCUUGUGGCCAAUGGCACCCACUUCAUCUAUGAGAACUUUAUUGUGGGGGAGCCAAACUUAGUUGGGCAUCUCAUCAGCAGGAAGAGAAUUCUGAAGCUUUCUUUCAGCUGUGUUUACUCACAAACCCAAACACUUUCCAUGGACAUCAACCCUCUGGAGAGCUCUGUGCACGUGAACCUUCCUGCUGGUCAAGGGACAUAUCGGGUCAGGAUGAUUCCAUAUCAGGAUGCUGAAUUCUCCCACCCCUUCGCUGGUAGUGUGAAUGCAGAGCUGAGCAAGCGGAUUUUUGUGGAAGUUCGUGUUGAUGGAGUCGACAGCCAUCAGUUUGCUUCAGUGAUUGACACAUGUUGGGCUACACCAGUGAACGAUCCUCAUUACCCUCUCCGCUGGGACCUAAUAGUUGACAGGUGUCCCAAUCCUAAUGAUGAUACAGUGCAGUUGCUGCAAAAUGGUGUUUCUACAUCCAGCCGUUUCUCCUUCGAGAUGUUUAUCUUCACUGCAGACUCCACCAAGGUUUACGUGCACUGCGCUAUUCACCUUUGCCUUCUGACAGACAAUCACUGCUCAGUGCACUGUGACUCUGAACACCAUAGAGUGGGCAGAUCUGUGGAUUUUCAUGACAGUAAUUCCAUAUCCCUUGGUCCAUUGAUAUGGUCUGACAGUAACAAAGAUACACCGAUGCCACGCCAAGUGCUAGCAUCCAGGGCUCCAUCUCUUUUGGGUUCUCUGACUAUAUCACUUAUUUCGCUGAUGAGUCUUCUGAUUAUCUUCUAGAAUAUUUCCACUGACAAUCAACCUAAUGUUUUAACACAUCUGUUCUUAAAUAUAUUUUUAUUAUCUCUUUCUCGAUGAAUGUGACGCUGAUGCCAGACUGUUACAAGCUUUCUAUAAAUGUGACCUUUGGGUGAAUGUUGAAAAUGUUUUCUAAAUCAAACAGUCUUAUUAUUAUUGUUAGAAUAAAGCAUAUUGAAUAACGUCAUAAAAAAAAAAUCACAAUAAACAGAUUUUCUCUGUGUUUUGGGGACAUAUUUUUCAUUUCUGUGUGUGUGAUUUUGUUUUUACUAUUGUUUGUUACAAUGUAGUUAGUUCAGCUAUUUUCUGUACUGAGUCAGGCUUAGGCUUCAUCCUAUAAUAAACCAUCUCAAACCAAAUCAGCUAUACACAGACAUUUUAUGGGUCGACGGCUGUUUUGCAGAUAAUUGUGUUAACAGAUGACUGGUUUCUCUUCAUUCUUUACUGAUACAAACACGUUUUCACUGAUUUCAUGUAUAUUAGGAUUUUUUCUCAAAAAAGCACUGUACAUAACAAACCUUAAAAU